AUGGGUGAUAAUCGCACGUAUUAUUCGGUUCCGCAACAGAAUAUUCAUCAAAACUACCGUUUCGUUCCGCGACAACAAAGUUCAGUUAAUAAUCCUAUUGAUCGAAACUACCUUUUCGUUCUUCAACAACAAAAUUCAAUCAAUAAUCCUAAUGAACAAAACUACCUUUCCAUUCUGCGUCAACAAAGUUCAAUUCACAAUUAUACGGAUCAAAACUCUCUUUUCGUUCCACAACAACAAAGUUCUGUCAAUGAAAAUACUGAUCAAACCUACCUUUUCGUUCUUCAACAACAAAGUUCUGUUAAUGAAAAUACUGUUCAAAACCACCUUUUCGUUCCGCAACAACAAAGUUCAAUUAAUAAUCCUAAUGAACAAAACUACCUUUCCGUUCUGCGACAACAAAGUUCGAUUCAUAAUUAUACGGAUCAAAACUCUCUUUUCGUUCCACAUCAACAAAGUUCUGUUAAUGAAAAUACUGAUCAAACCUACCUUUUCGUUCCGCAACAACAAAGUUUUGUUAAUGAAAAUACUAAUCAAAACUACCAUUUCGUUCCGCAACAAAGUUCUGUUAAUGAAAAUACUGUUCAAAACUACCUUUUCGUUCCGCAACAACAAAGUUCAAUUAAUAAUCAUACUGAUCAAAAAUUCCAUUUCGUCCCACAACAAAGUUCAAGUGAUAAUCGCACUGAUCAAGAGGUAGUCUCUGAAUACUAUAAAACGCCGUCACCAAAUGACUUUAAAGAACUAAAAAACAAAUGUGCUUCCUUUAUUCUUUUCCGUAAGAAAAUUGAUGAUGCUCUAAAAAAAAGCGGGAGGGUAAGAACAGCUGCUCAGAUUUCUAAACUCGCUUCCGAAUUAUGGCAUAAUACACACCCUGAUGAAAAAAGAAAAUAUAAUCAAAUUUCAGCUGGAUUAACACAACAACACGCCAGUUGGUCAAAUACCUUUCCGGAACAAGUAUUAAUUCAUGCAGUGACUGAGCUCGAGCCCGAGCCCGAAUCUGCGCCUGAAAUUGAACCUGAAUCUAAAUCUGAUUCGGAAUAUUUUCUAUAUUCGAAAUAUAUUUGGACAAAUGAUGAUGCAAAAUUAUUUCCAAAUAUAUAA